AAACGGGAGGCAAGUUGAAUCUCUCUCUGCGAGCUAUUUUGCGGCUGCGAGUUAACUCCUACAACAGCGGGUUUCCUAACUGCAUCGUUCAGUCCUUUGCUCUCUGUGUGACGUGCCCGUGUGUCCCUCUGUUGACCCGUGCACCCUCCUCGCUCUGGCUGACACUGCCCCACCGUGCCCGUGUCUGGGAGAACGAAGAAUGGAGGGAGGAAUACCAGGCUCCGUAGAAAAUAAGAUUACCAGAAUAUCACAACUGCUGGGGGAAGCCAUACCAAUAAGAUCUGAUGACAAGGAAAAUGCCAAUGCCUCAAACUCCCUUGCAUCUACACCAGCCAAGCCUCAUAGCUCUGAGGCAUUUUAUAACAGGCUGGUUUCAUAUGGACCAGGCCAUUGGGGACCGAGGGAAAUAAGUCCCUUGGAAUGUUCACGCUAUGGGUGGAAGCUUAUACAGCCAGAUGUGAUACAGUGUGUCACUUGCAAACAGGUUGUUUGUGCAACUCUUCCUCACCUUGUUGACAGAGAAGCAUACAGCCAAUUCCUGGAAAAAUUGAAGAGGCAAGUGGUUGAUGGCCACCAUGAAGCUUGCUGGUGGCGUCACAACCCCUUUUCCCUUCAUAUGACCCAGCCACCCCAACCAGCAGUGAUGGAAGACCUUCAAAAUUUAUCGAACUCUGCUCACACACUGGGAAGCCUCGAGUCUGCCCUACCCCAUCUAGAUAUCCCUGCCCACAUGGCACAACUGAGUGUAGAAAAGGAACUACUGGAAAGGUUAUAUUCAACAGAGACCAUUUCUGACACUCAAAUGACAGCAGUCCUUCUUGUACUGAGUGGAUGGUCUAGAGGGGCAGGAGCCUAUCUCAGGUGCAGAGAGUGCUGUAGAUCAGUGGGUCUGUGGAGUUUCUUGACUCGAGCUGAUGUUGCCAAGCCAGCAGGUCCCACUUCUCCAAGGAAACGCAAGUCCAAGUUGUCUGAGGGGACAGGAGAAGAGAGUGGGGCCUUCAUUAAUCAAGAAAAACAUGCUGAACCUGAGGACACCCAGUCAAGUUGGCGCAUGAGAUUGAGGGAGAGGCCAGUGAGUGAGUCAAGCACCCCUGAGGAGCAGCACUCGCGCAAGAGGAGAGGAAGCGAGAGAUCAAGGAAAAGCAGCACUACCAGUCUGACAGAUGCAAAGGAGGAGUCACACAGCCCCCUUGUUAUAAGCACAUCUCCUUCCACUGAAAUACAGAAGGUUGAGAAGCAGUUUUUCCAUCCCCUUGAAGAACAUCGGCCAUGGUGCCCCUGGGUCACAGAGGAUGAAGGAAUGAAGGGAUAUCAAAGAAUUCUCAACAGUGUGAAGGAUGUCAUCAAGACGAGUGAGAAGAAUAGUAAUUUAUGCACCAUGAAAUCUGAUGGUAAUGUACGCGGUCUACGAUUGCUGCGCAUGCUGUUGGAUGACUCUGUAGCAGUACAGUGAGGAAUCUUUCUGUUAAAUCACCUGACAUAACAGCAGUGUGAUUUUUGCCGAGCAUUUACUGUCCUCUAAUUGUUAGAUGCAAUAAAAUGUCCAACAGUUAACUUGAUAAUUUUAUUUUCUUUGCACUACUGGGAAGGUUGCUUUUUAUAUACAAAAGGUUAUGAUUUGUCCUGACUAAGCACAAAUGUUAUGAGAGUUAAACAGGUGUAGUAGCAGACAGAACCGCAGCCUCCCUGUGGAUACCCUACCUCAACUACUUGGAGUAGAGGACCUACAGAACCAUUAGUUUUGAUGACACAGCACUAUUGGAUGGAGGUGGAGACUGGCACAAAUGAAUGAAUGGUCUGCCAGAAAUUUAGUGCAUCCACAGUGAGAGCAAAGUCAGCAGACAUAAAACUUAACACCAAUCAGCAUCUUUCACAGCUGUAAGAUGCCACAUACCUGUACAAUAUUCAUUCAUGUGAUUCUCUCUCUCUCUCUCUCUCAGGCACACACUCACAUAAAGUCGGCAGUCGCACAAAUAUGUCAUAGCAUGAGAGGUGUGGGGGCAACACCAAAAGGAAGGAAACACUGCACAUCCCUAACACUUAUGGGAGUACGAGGCUUGAGCACUGAGGAAACAGCACUUUCUGGACAGCAGGUCACUUUAUGCCUCCAGCCACAACAUGCUGCACAUGCUUUCAAGGGUUUUUGCUGUGGUGGUGCACAUCAACCUCCCCCUCCCCCCUUAACACACACACACACACAAACACACACAAACAAACACACACACACACACACACACACACA